UUCGAUCGUUAACGCUUGGACGUUUGCCGGCCGAGUUGCAAGCCAAAGUUGAUUUAUUGACGACUUCCUCUCUGGAGAGUUUGCUAACGAAAAUUAGGAAGUCUGCAUCCCGCGAAAAUGCGGCCCAAGACAAUCGACAUGACAAGGCUAAUUAUUACACGUUGGCGUAUGAAACUCUUCGACCGAAGCUCAAUGAAAGUACGGAUGCGCAAUUUCGUCAAUUUCGUCUGCCGCUUUUGGGCGAUAAGGAUCAGGAAAAAAUACUAGAUAUUGUUUCGAAAGUGAAAAAACACAACAAGCGUGGUUCUCCAGCUGCACCUACAGCCACAACAAGUGCAACCUUGUCUCGUCAGUCAUCAACGUCUCCAUACUACUCAGUACGGUGUUUUUAUUGCCAACGGUUUGGGCAUGUGAGGAGGAAUUGCUUUAAGAGAAGACGCGACGAGAAAAGUGGCUCUUGGAACUAUAAACAAUAGUAACAUUACACUUAAUGCUUCAUACUUAUUAUAAGCUUCUGCCUGUGGUUUGAUAAAUAAUAAACAGUCUUCUCGUUGUCGUGUGACAGUAAUUGUAUUAAUAUGACUUACAGUGUAUUCAGGGAAAAUACUAUCGUCAUAAUUAAACCUUUGAAAUUGGUUUCUUUCUAUCUCAUAUUUGUCUAUGGAUGUACAUCUAUGUAUGUGUGUAUGUAUAUGUAUGUAGGUGUUGGGUAUGUAUACAGGUAUUAUGUCUACAACUUCUAUUCCUGUUCUUCCCACAUUGGCUUGCAGCGGGUGACAGUUGCGAAAACAGAGUAUCUCAAUCCUCAACAACUCCAGGUUCUAAGAUGGAUUCGAGAAAAAGUCUCUGUUUCAGAGUACUUUCGCCCGUUCCGUGGUAAUUUUAAAGGACAAUUUUAUAAUACAACUUGUCCACCACCUGCUCAGUUUUCCAAUAAUCCCUCGUGCCCCCCUUUUGCUGAGUUUAUCCGAACCACCUUGUUAGCUCAAAUCCAAACUGGAGCGAUCUCGCUCCUUGGCAGAGUUAGCGAGGCUUCGCCACCAUACCUGAUAUUGCCAUUGACUGUGGAACCUAUGAAACCUCGACUAUGUCAUGAUGCACGUUUCCUGAAUUUGUGGAUGACCGAUGCUGCAUUUAAGUUGCCGGGAAGUUAUGGACCAUGUGGGCUGGACACAGCGACACACAGUCCUGUAUUACCUUCAAUUGGCGAAAGUCCUUAA